UGAUAUAUACUGCACCAUUUGCCCACACGCAACCAAAUUUCACCACUCUCGAACCUUCUACAUGGAAGAAGACGGUGACAAUUUUGUCGUUGAUCAACCGCCGCCGCCGACCGAAGAGGAGCUCCAUAGACAAGAUGUCGGAAAGUUGCUUUAUGGAUGUGAUCAUUAUCGGCGACGCUGUAAACUCCGAGCCCCUUGUUGCAAUGAAAUUUUCACUUGCCGUCAUUGCCACAACGAGGCCAAGAAUGCUUUGACCAAUCCCAAGGAACGGCACGAACUUGUGCGCCACAAUGUUAAGCAAGUUGUUUGUGCUGUAUGCGACACCGAACAACAGGUUGCUGAGAUCUGUUCAGAGUGUGGAGUCAAAUUUGGGGAGUACUAUUGUGAAAUUUGUAGAUUUUACGAUGACAAUAGAACAAAGGGGCAGUUUCACUGUGAUGACUGUGGAAUUUGCAGGGUCGGUGGUCGAGAAAACUUCUUCCACUGCAAGAAGUGUGGUAAGGCAUCCCUUCCUCCUUGUUGUUUGACUACUGUUGUGGAUUUCCUUGUAUCAAAAUGGAUCGAUUUCUUUUUUAAUUUUGAAUAGUGUAGUUUAUAUCUCAACCCUUACCUUAUAAAGAAAGGUGUAGAUUAUAUCUCAAGUUCUCAACUAGUGAUUCUUUUCAACUAUAGCUUGUUCUAAAACUGUAUUGUGGAAGUGUACUUUUCUCAUUUGACAAUUCCUUUCUGAAAUUUUACUUUUCAAAUGCCCUUUCCAUUGAGUCUUAGAUAGAACAUCGUAUAUGGUAAUAAAGGGAUAUCCUUGGAACGGGGAGGUUAAUCUUGUACAACUAUAUUAUUGCUUUGUACAUCUACCAUCUCAUAGCUGUC